CGAACACGAGGCCUGGGAGGGCGGGGGAGGCAGCCAUGGCGGUGGGGGUCGGUGGGGUGAGGAGGAGAAGGAGGAGGGGGCUCAGCUGGAAAACCUUCCCAAUUUUUCUGUGGCUCGUGUCCGUGUGCGGGGGGGAGAAGACAUUGAUUGUGGAGACGUGGCUGAAGAACUUCGGCUACCUCCUGCCUCAGCAUGUCAGCACGUCUGACCUCCGCCAGCAGGAGGUCAUGAAGUCUGCCGUGGCCGCCAUGCAGCGCUUUUACGGCAUUCCCGUCACCGGAGUCCUGGAUGACGCCACACUCCAGUGGAUGAGAAGGCCUCGCUGCGGCCUUCCUGACCAACCUCAUCGCAGCCGACGCCAACGCAACAAACGUUACGCCUUGACUGGACAGAAGUGGCGUGACAAAAAGAUCACGUACAGCAUCUCCAACUUCACCCCCAAAGUGGGCGAGAAGGACACGCAGAGGGCCAUCAGACACGCGUUCAAUGUGUGGCAGGCCGUCACGCCGCUCUCCUUCCAGGAGGUGCCCUAUGCUGAGGUCAAGAACGAGGGCAAGGAGGCGGACAUCAUGAUCUUCUUCGCCUCUGGUUUCCAUGGCGACAGCUCUCCGUUUGAUGGCGAGGGAGGCUUUCUGGCCCACGCGUACUUCCCCGGCGCCGGCAUCGGAGGCGACACACACUUUGACUCAGACGAGCCGUGGACGCUGGGUGGAGCCAACCGUGACGGGAAUGAUCUUUUCCUGGUGGCGGUCCAUGAGUUGGGCCAUGCUCUGGGUUUGGAGCAUUCCAACGACCCCAGCGCCAUCAUGGCGCCAUUCUACCAGUACAUGGACACUCACAGAUUCAAACUGCCGCUGGAUGACCUGCAGGGCAUCCAAAAGAUCUACGGCAUCCCCACCGCCAUAAUGGAGCCCACCCGCCCACUACCCACCUUGCCUUCCCAUCGCACCCACUCCACCUCCACGCGACGAGGUCACGAUCGACAUUCCCGCCCGCCGCGCCCCCCCAGCGAGCGCCCGGCGUUACCUGGAAACGGCAAACCAAACAUCUGUGAGGGCCAGUUCGACACGCUGGCCUUCUUCAGGCGGGAAAUGUUUGUCUUCAAGGAUCGCUGGUUCUGGCGUUUGAGGAACAACAAGGUUCUGGAAGGUUAUCCGAUGCUGAUCGAUCAUUUUUGGAAGGGUUUGCCACCUCACAUCGACGCCGCCUACGAGAGAGCUGAUGGCAAAUUUGUCUUCUUCAAAGGUGACAAGUACUGGCUGUUCCGGGAGGUGACGCCCGAGCCGGGCUUCCCCCGCAGUCUGGCCCAGCUCAACGUGCGCCUCCCCCAAGGUGGCGUGGAUGCUGCGCUGCGUUGGGAUCCGGUGGGAAAGACGUACUUGUUCAAGGGGGACCGGUACUGGCGCUACAACGAGGAGAGGGGGGCGGCCGACCCAGGCUACCCCAAACCCAUCAGUGUGUGGAAAGGCGUGCCACCCGCCCCUCAGGGAGCCUUCGUCAGCAGGGAGGGAUACUACACCUACUUCUACAAGGGGCGGGACUACUGGAAGUUUGACAACCAAAAGUUGUCAGUGGAACCCGGGUACCCAAAAUCCAUCUUGAAGGACUGGAUGGGAUGCGAACAGUCCGACGUGGAGCAUCCAGGCGGGAAGAGUAACCGUGGCGACCGCCAGCGCCCCCUGGAUGACUUGGACAUCAUGGUAGCCAUCAACGACAUCCCGGCCACGGUCAACGCCAUCGCCGUGGUGAUCCCAUGCGUGCUGUCGCUGUGUGUCCUGGUCCUGGUCUACACCGUGUUCCAGUUUAAGAACAAAAGCGUGCAGCCGGCCGCUAUACCGCCACACUACUACAAGUACGCCGUGCAAGAGUGGGUGUGACUCGGGGCAACAAAGGCCAUAAAUACUAACAAAGAUGGCUGACAGCCACAAAUGGAACGUUGGCCGUUCCGUGAUGAAGACAGGCUACAGUUUAGCUGCGAAUGUUGCCGGAACCAAGUCAUUACCAGAUUUUAUUUUCAUUUAUUUAAUUUUUUCCUCACCAGACACGUUCACCUGCUCGCUAGUUCGCAUGUUAGCACAUAUUUACAUCACUAGCGUAGCACGAUGUUACGAGCUAGCCGUUUUUCUUUUGCGUGGUUUUAGAAAGAAAAAGGGUUUUGUAAAUAAGCAGUAAAAUGGAUCGUGGCAUAGAAAUUAUGAUUGUGCGCAAGUAAUUGUUUGUGCAAAUGUUGACAAAAGAGGCGGGUUUCUUUUGGCAGCCAGUUGGGCGGGGCUUGUCACGUCACGUCAUUCCAUCGCGCCACAUUCAUUCUCACACACACAUCCUGCCCAGCAUGGGUGUGUGCUGAGGUUCUGGUGGAUAUGAUGGACAGUGAGUUGCCUUUAAAGGGAGAUGCGGAUCUGCGUCCCGGGGGCGUGGCUUGAGGCAUCUGCGUCUCCCUUUAGCGAGCACAUUGUUGCCUUUGUUGGUUUGUAAAAACAUAUCACAAAUAGCUUUAACAGUCGGCUUCUUGUGUAAAUAAAAGCUUUUUCACAUGGAUCAGAGCAUAUAGAGUUUUGUAUUUGGGUUUAUUCAUCACUUUUGACUUUCAAGCACAAAGCUUUCUUUUUUUCUCGUUACCACGGCAACACACUUGUCUUUUCUAUUUGUUGAAAAUGUCUUUGCAAUAAAAUUGAACUUUGGAGCACGUUUCAUGGAUCAUUAAAUAACACUUCACCAUAUCAUUAUCAUCACGUGACAACCACGGUGACCUCAGAUGACCUCUAAAAGUUCCACAGCAGAACCAAAUGCGUACCCAACACCACUUGGACAAACUCCGUCCGCACCGGAAGCCACUACCAAGACGCCAUUUUAGACGACAAAACCCAUC